AUGAUAAAAGAUUCUGUUCAUUACUGUAAGGGCAACCUGCUGCCCUGCAGGUGGCGCUCCACCAGGCUGCAUGUGCUUUUAUUUAGGAUCUGUUGCACUUCUUUGCAUUUCCCAGCUCGUUCAUGCCCACGUGGUUGGAAUAAUUAUGGAAAUCGCUGUUUCAUCUUCCAGAAUAACCAAACUGACUGGGCUACUGCUGAGCGUGCCUGCAUUAGAUAUGGUGGAAAUCUGGCCUCCGUCCACAACAAAGGUGAAUUCACUUUCCUCCAGAAGCUGAUCAGAUUUGAGAAAGGAUCGUACCAGAGGACCUGGCUCGGAGGCUAUGAUGCCGUCAAGGAGGGUGUGUGCUGGAAUGAUGGGUCAAAGUUCAGCUUCACCCAGUGGGGCAAGGGGCAACCAGAUAACUCUGGUGGAAAUGAACACUGCAUGGAGAUCUACGAGCUAGGAUGUCAGGCCUCGAUGGCGUCGCUGCUGGAAGAUACAAGGAUAAAAUCUUUUUUCAAAUAA